AUGAACUAGAGGAAUUUUAUUUCUUAGUUUGCAUUAUAAAAGUCUUCGGAAUCUUCUCAAAGAUCUAAGUAAUCACUGCAAACAGCAUUUCUGCAAUUAACUUCAUUAUCCUCAGAUUAACCUUCAAUGAGAAAUCCACAAUCUAGCUCAAAUAAUCCUGUAUUCUAAUAGGCAAACUCUUAUUAAUAAAUACUAAGCUAAAAACAAUAAGAGCAGCAGCAUUCAAUUUAAAAGGCUAACAUUUACACUCCAAAGAAGUAUUCUAAUAACUCCAAGAAAUCACCUAGCUCAAGUAGAGUUGUUCAUAAAUCAUCUAAGGAAAGAGCUAAUAAAAAAGGUUGCGGGAAGUUGGUUGAUUCUUUAAUGCAAGAUCUUGAAAAAUACGAGUCUCCAAGUAAGAUGAAUGAAUCUAGAAGUCACGAAUAACUUAUGAGAAAGAGUUUGCAAUAAAUUAAUGAAAGCCAAGAUUCAUACAGCAACGACAUGAAAUUAUCAAAGUAAUCAAAUACCUCUGGCUUUUUAGACCGAUCAGCUUAGCAACUUAAUUCUAGUUUUCAUCCUCCUUAACAACCUGUAUAAUAACAAAGAGAAAAAACUAAAACAACUUCAUCCCAAACAAGAGGUACAUAACAGCCCUAGCAAAUCCAGCACAAGAUGAGCCAGAAGAGACUUGUUGAUGAAAUUAAGCAAUUAAAUAAAAAAAUGGAUAUGAUUGGAAUAUUCCCCAACACAAAUACUGCCUAAAUGAAUAUGUAAUAGAUUAAUAACUAGUCGAAAGACCUUUAAGAUUUACAAAAUUUAAGUUUAAGAUUGCAAGGCUCAUUGCCACUACAGAGCAUUGGUAGAAAUUCAUAGCAGGGUAUUUACCAAAAUAUGUAGAUGAGAUCCGCUCCUGGAGUUUAUAACAAUAUUGCUAAUCAACAAAACAAUACAAAUGUUAACAAUACCUUUUCAGGAAUAAACACUUCAGGACUAUUAGCCUAUAAUGAAAAACCUCAAAUGAUGUCAAGCAAUGGCUAUUAAUAAAUCAACUAAGUUAAUAAUACCUUUAUUGGAUAAAUGCCAAAUACAAUUGGUUUAAAUAGCCUUGCAGCAAAAGAUAAAGUGACUAUGGACAAAAAGACUUAUGAGGAGCUGAUGAAUUAUCUAGUGAAAGUUGAAUGUAAAAGAAUUGAAAAAGAUAAAAAUAAUCAACUAAAUCAUUACUAGAAUAAAAAUACUUAAGGAACAGCUUAAAUCUCUGGUAAGAGACCGAAUUCUACUCUGAAAAGAUUAGGCUAAAAUACAUAAGAGAGAUUUUCUCAUAAUCCUAGACAAUUCAACUAAAAUCGAGAAUUAAUAUUCAACAGAAUACCUACUCAAAAUUUGAAUAACUCUUCUUUCCUAUCAGCUGCUCCUAAUUCUUUGGGAAGGAAUUCUAAACUGAGAAGCAAUACUGAAAAAUCUAUAGUCUAAUCCUCAUCACUAAGGCAAAUCAAGAGAAAUAACUAUGUAAAUGAUAUAACCUAGGCAUAUAACCAUUAGACUGAAAACAUUUAGAAAGGAUUAAUUUAGUAGAAUAACAUACCACAAGUAUCACCAUUUUUUAACAUUAAUUAAAGCUAAUCUAUACCGACCUCUAAAAAGGGAACUUAAAAGAAAAUUGUUCUACAGGAUAAGAUGGUCUAAGAGUACUAAGAAAUGACUCAGCCAAAGCUUUAAGAAAUGCUUUAGAGCGGGAAGUAUAAUCCAUAAAAAGAGCAGAUAAUGAUCAAUCCUUAACAAAUAUAUAUGGCAGAGAAGAUAUAAAGUGCUAGAGGAAAUAUAAAAGGUACGGGAAAGGAUCUUAUUAGUGGAGUUAAUAAAGUAUCAAAUCUCUUAAUGCAUAAAGAAAAAAUGAUUAAGAAUAAUAUUGGAGUAGUUGAUUCUAAAUAGCCUUUGUCCCAGAGAGAUAAUUAGAGUAGCAAGUAGCAAUCCUAAAGGAUAGAAGAAAACAAUUUAAUAAAAAGACUAACUUCAGCAAAGAACAAAAAAGAAACCAAGGAGGAAGAUUAAGUAUUGAUAGAUUAAAACUAUUUCUUAAAUCACAGAUAAUCAAAUCCAACUGGGGCUGCUCGACUAAACAUUUAGUUGGAUUCAGACCUUCUAUAUGGGUCAAAUGUAACCAGUCAUAACAACAUUCAAGUAAUUUUAAAAGAUGAUCUUACAGCUAAUGAAGAAUAUUUGCUAGAGCAUCAGAAGCACACUAAUUUCGAUACAUUCGGUGAUUCUGAGAACAAUAAAAAAGUCACUGCAGUAAGUGAAUUGCAUUCACCUGAUCAUAGAAUGGCAUCACCUAGAAUAAACAUCCAAAGCUAUAAUAAUAGCAUUAGGUAGUUAUCUUAGAAGGAUUAAGCUGACAUUAAUGCCUAUCAAAACUAAGGUUACCAAAUUCAGGAGUUUCAUUACUCAGGCUCAUUUGGCGUUCCAAUGACUUUGCAAAACUAGAGCUAUUAAAUAGAUGCAAAUAAUAAACUAAUUUAAUCAAUGAUCUAGAAUGGGCAGAAUAAUCUAUCAUUUAGUAUAGUUGGGCAAAAUGACAUGUCAAUUGUAUCAUAGGAAUAGCUUAGGUAAAACAAGCAUGCAUAUAUAGACAAUAAAGGAGCUAUUGUGAUACAAGACAAUGAGCUUAUAUAUGAUGAUCCAGAUGAGGACGAUGAAAACGAUGAUGAAAUUCAGCAAAUAAUAGAUAAGCCUUUUUAUUUGCCUGAAUACUAGGAUGAGGAAGAAUUCUUUGAGCAAGAAAAAUUUCCAGAAUAGGUAAAAACUACUAUAUCUCCUUCGAGUAAAAGUUAGAAUUAUCAUGAGACAGAUCUGCAAAGCAUAGAUAACUCAACGGUAGAAGCUGUUAAAAAGAAGCUAAUAACUGAUCCUGAUUAUAGAAGAGAACUACUAUAGAGAGUACUUCCUUAGUUUUCAAAGCUUAACGAAUAAUUUACUAACAGUUUCCUAUACAAACUGAAGUAUGCAAAUGAAGAUAGUUCAUAGAACAGCAAUUCCUUAUAAAAAUCUAAUCAGUCAACUUAUAGGCAAGGGACUAUCAAUCAUUAGUUGAUGAGUUUGAAUGUAAUUCAGUCCCAGAGUUCAUUAAACUCUAAAAUACCUGGCAAUAUGAAAUUCUCAAAUAUAGUUAGUAGUGAGGGAGCUGAAGAGUAUGAUUUAGAUGAGCUGUAUACCUUUGACUAGAGAAAUAAUGAUACUCUAAUGAAAUAAGAUCAUGGCUAGGCUGUUUAAGCGUUACUUAAGAGAAUAAAUUAGAAUUUGAAUACAAAUAAUAGUGGAGGAGAAGGACUGAAUACAAUGAUGAGUUCUUAGAGCAGGAAAAUAGAUAAUCAAGACUUUGAUAUGGCUCUCAUAGAUGACAAGGAUGAAAUAAAUACUGUGAUUGAGAACGACUGCGACAAUGACUAUGCAGACAUUUAUCAGUCAAUAGGCGAAGAUGAUGCUGAAACUGAGGAACUCCGUAGAAAAAGAGAGUUUGAAUAUCAAAAGCUGCUGCUUAAAAGGGAGAUCAUGAUGGUUGCUGGCACUAGAUAAAAAUGA